AUAGCCGCUGUGAUAACGGCCCGCGCCCGUCGUGGUUACCGGUGUUACUGUUCCAUGAAAUGCGAGGAAAUUUGUUUGCACGUUCGUAAUUCGCCGCCGUCCGGGUUCGGGAUCCGAUCUGACUUCCGUGUCGAUAUUCCGAGUUUUGCGACAGUCCCGACCUUUCGUCGCCGAUCCGUCGCAACACGCAACGGUCCGAGUGUCUUUGAAUACCGGACGAAGUCAAUGUGCACCCGGGCUAUGCAGUCAAUCCGUCACAUCGCAUGCAAAUUUUUUAUUCAGUCAAAUUGACAAUAUGUCAAACACAGUAAAGUAUGUGGUAAAAAACUCUUGUACUAACUCUCAAGUUAAUCGUUUGCCAACCAGAAAACAUAUUGUAAAUAAUGGCUAUGGAAAACCAGAAGUGAAGGAUUUUAUUAAUAAAAAACAGAAACCAAUGAGAAAAAUUAUUAGAAUGAGCGAUUUAAAAGAAAACAAUACUGAAAUCAUUACUGUUUCUCCUGAGUUUUUAGAUGAUAGUUCAUCAGAGAUAAAAGAUGAUUGUAUGUCAGAUUCAAGUUAUGAUGAUUUGGAAGAAAAUUGUGAAUACCAAGAUGAUCCAGAGGUUAUUGUUGUCUGUGGUGAUGAUUUAGAUCAAUCUAGUGAUAGCGAUUUAGAAUACAUAGAAGACAUAAAACAUGAAGAACCUAGUAAAAGUAAAAGUAAAUUGCAUAAUGAUGUCAAUUCUUCUGAUGUUGUUGUGAGAACUGAUAUUUUAAAUGAUUUAUUAGAAGGACGUAUGACUAAAACUACUAAAAAGCUUCUUGAUUCUACCAAGAUUUCUUAUUUACCUAUGCAACUAACUCCAAAUGAAUUUCGUUCUACAUAUACUAAUGAAAAGAGCCCAUUUAAAGUUCGACCUAUUAAAGCUAACAAAGGUUUGAGGCAUUUCUCCAAAAGAGUAUGUGAUAAGGUUAAGACUAAAAUGGUUACCACUUAUAAAGAAGUAGCCGAUGAAUUAGUUGCUGAAUGUGUUGGCAAUAGUGAUAGCCCAACUUUUUUAUAUGAUCAAAAAAAUAUUAGGCGCCGUGUGUAUGAUGCCUUGAAUGUAUUAAUGGCCUUAGAUAUAAUUGCAAAGAAUAAAAAAGAUAUAACUUGGAAAGGGUUACCAACUGGAUCCAUACAAAACAGUGUAUAUCUUGUUCAAGAAAAAGAAAACCGCCUUAAUAGUGUAAAAAGAAAACUUUUAGCUCUUCAAGAAAUCAUUAUGCAAGAAGUAGCUAUAAAACGUUUAGUAAAACGUAAUCAAGAUGUAGAAAAUGAAUUUGGUCCUCCACCUCAUAACACAUUUGUCAAUUUACCUUUUAUGGCUAUUAGUGCAAAUGAAGAUACAUCUGUUGAAAUAGAAAUAUCAGAAGAUCAAAAACAAUAUGAAAUGAGUUUCAAUGAUAAAUUCAGUAUGGUUGAUGACACUGAAAUUUUAAAAACUAUGGGUUUCACUUUAGGAUUGGAUCGUGGUGAAGUAAGUAAUGAAAAUUUAAAGAUUUUGAAAACAUUAGUACCCAAAGCUUUUGAGAAACACAUUGUUAUGAUGGCUACUAAAAAUGGAGAAAUGUUUAAUGAUAUCUGUAAGGAAUUCGAUGAAAAAAUUAAGUCUGCUGAAAUUGAACAAACUUCAUCAAGGCCCAAUAUUAUUAAUAGAAGGAAGAAUAAGAGAUAAAUAAAAAUUGUUAGCAAUGUUUUUUUUUAAUAUUUUGUUAUUAUCAUGACAAUCAUCAAAAUGACUAUGUUAAAUAUGUAUACUUUUUUGUAAAUAAUUGAAUGUUGAUUAGUU